AUUUUAGAGGAGAAACGAUUGGUGCAUCGUGACCUAGCAGCAAGAAACGUGCUAGUACAGAAACCCAGCUGUGUAAAAAUCACCGAUUUUGGAUUGGCCAAACUUCUCGAUAUCAACGAGGAAGAAUACAGGGCUGCCGGUGGUAAAAUGCCAAUCAAAUGGCUGGCUUUGGAAUGUAUACAACAUAGGAUAUUCACACACAAAUCGGACGUCUGGGCCUUUGGAGUUACUGUUUGGGAGUUACUUACUUUUGGCGGAAGACCUUAUGAUAAUGUACCAGCUAGAGAUGUGCCAGAGUUACUAGAAAAAGGUGAAAGACUUCCCCAACCUCACAUAGCUACCAUUGAAGUCUAUAUGGUCAUGAUCAAGUGCUGGAUGUUAGACGCCGAAACCAGACCAUGCUUCAAGGAAUUAGAAGACGAAUUUUCAAAGAUGGCUCUUGAUCCUGGCAGGUACCUUAUUAUCCCUGGUGACAAGUUCCUUCGGUUCCAAGGAGGACUAAGUACUCCUAUGAGCGACAGAGAUAUAGUCUUGUCUCUUGCAUCAGAAAACACGGAAAGUUCUGAAAUGGACGACUAUAUGCACCAACCCAAGUCGCGCAUGCCACUGCAUUCGACGGGAAUGACGUCACUUUCGGGUAUGACGUCGAUAUCACCAACCCCUGAUCGGUAUAGAGCCACAGCACCUCCUACACCUGAUGGAAGUUCGAUAUAUCCCUCUUCUCAAAACCAGUUCAAUCAUAAACUUUUGAGAACAUUCUCAGGAAUGCCGUGUCACUUCCAUCCUUCACUCCAAGGCACCCAGUCAGACAUCUCUUCCAUAAAAUACUGCGGAGACUCUUUAAAGCUUCGAGAAUCUGACAUGGGUUCGGACGAAUACGACUCUAGCGGAAAAUCCCAACAGGCCCAAAUAGGAAACCUCAAACUCGAACUCCCAGUAGACGAAGACGACUACCUUAUGCCUUCGCCUCAGCACACCCAAACGACUUCGACUUACCUCGACUUGAAGAAUACCACCGACCACGCUAGCAACGCGAAUCUUUACACCGAUUUAUUCAAAAACAACAUCGACAAUCCGGAAUACCUUAUGGGCAACGAAUCACCGAUCGAACAGACUGUAGGUCUUCCUGAUGUUUCUGAUUUUGUCGUGCCUCCAUCACCAUCAUCUGUCAGUGACGUAGUCAAGGCCGUGUACUUGCCUCCUCACAAAGCCAGUGAGGAGGAGAGUGAUCACGAGUGUUACAACGACGUAGACAGGCUUAGGAGGGAGUUGCAACCCUUACAAAAAUGUAAAGAUGGCGCUAUAGUUUGA